AUGGACUUGAAAGUGCCGGAGCAGACAGCAGAAAUUGAUGAUCACAGAUUAAAUCUUGCUGAUCUUUAUCAACGCUACAAUACUGAUCGAGAUACAGGUUUAACAGAUGCACAAGUGAAAGAACUUUUGAUCCGUGAUGGUCCCAAUAUUCUUUCACAACCAAAACCAAUAUCCAAAUCGGUGAAAUUGUAUAGACAUUUAUUUGGAGGCUUUUCACUUGUGUUCUGGAUUUGUGUGAUUUUAUGGCUUGGUAUAAUGUUGAUUAUCGAAGAACUUGCUAUUGUCUUUUUUUCAUACUAUCAAGAAUCGAAAAGUUCAUCAACUAUGGCUUCAAUCACAAAAAUGGCCUCACAACAAAUACUUGUUAUUCGAAAUGGUGAGAAAAAUCAAAUCAACAUUGAAGAUUUAGUGGUAGGUGAUAUUAUUGAAGUUAAAUCUGGUGACAGCAUACCUGCUCUUACUCGUUGUGCGAUGUUGUGCAAUCGAGCUGAUUUGAAACAAGAUUCAGAAAAUUUGGCACGCCCAGUGUUACAACGCGAAUACAAUGGUGAUUCGUCUGAAGUUGCUCUACUAAAAUACGUUGAAUUAUCAAUUGGCAAUGUGAGCGAAUUCCGUCAGACAAAUCGACAAGUAUGUGAAAUUCCAUUUAAUGUAACAAAUAAAUAUCAACUGUCGAUCCAUGAAAUGCAUACUAAUAAUGAAAGUGAAGACAAGUCUCAGUCGUAUUUAUUAGUGAUGAAAGGAUCUCCUGAACGGAUGAUUGACCGAUGUUCGACAAUUUAUAUCGAUGGUACAGAUGUGGAAAUGAACGAUUAUUGGAGAAAUCAAUUCAACAAUGCAUAUUUAGAGCUCGGUAAGUUAGGAGAACGAGCACUAGGCUUUUGCGAGUUGCAAUUAUCAAGUAGUGAAUAUCCGUACGGAUAUUCAUUCAAUAUUAAUGAAUACAAUUUUCCUGUGAAUAAUCUUCGUUUUCUUGGUCUCAUGGCGAUGAUCAAUCCACCAAAGGUAGCUGUUCCUAACACCAUCAUGAAUUGUCGUUCAGCUGGAAUCAAAGUAAUUAUGUUCACUGGAGAUCAUCCAUGUACUGCGAAAGGCACUGCACGUGCCACGAAUAUCAUUUCAGAAGGCUCAGAAACAAUAGAAGAUAUAGCAGAACGUUUAGGCACAUCUCCACAAUCAGUGAACCCGAAUGAUGCUAAAGCUUGUGUUAUUCAUGGUAAUGAUCUCGGAGGACCAGCAGAAAUUGAUGAAUUGCUCAGAGAUUAUACAGAAAUUGUCUUUGCUCGAACAGAUCCCAAACAAAAAGCUUGUAUUGUUGAAGCAUGUCAACGACAAGGUGCUAUUGUGACUAUGAUAGGCAACAGUAUCAGUGAUUCACCAGCUUUGCAACAAGCUGAUGUUAGAAUUGCUAUGGCUUACGGCCUCAUAGGGCUCCUUCAAGCAGCUGCUGGAUUCUUAGCUUAUUUUUUGGCGAUCACCGAGAAUGGCUUUUUACCAUCACAUCUUUUUGAUUUGAGAAAAUUAUCAGAAUCUGAAGAUGUUAAUAAUCUUCGAAAUUCCUAUGAUCAAGAAUGGGUUCGUAGUUCUUCAUUUAUCUACCUGAAACAAAACUUGUUUUUUUUUAAGACUGAUGAACAACGCAAACAACUCAAUUUAACAUGCUAUACGGCUUUCUUUAUGACUGUCAGCAUUUGUCAAUUGGCUACUUUAAUCGUUUUCAAAACUAGACGCAAUUCAAUUAUGCAACAAGGCAUGAAGUAA